UAAAAAAUAAGGGGAUUCAUGAAUCCCCUUUGUUAUGGGAAAAAAUAAAGAAAGAGGAAAAGAAAGAGAAUGGAUAUAGUGGAAAAUAAUGUAGAAGAAAGAGAAAUGAUGUGUCAAAAGGAGAGAAUGAGAGAGAAGAAUUAAGGUCCACUGUUGUGCAUGCUCUUAAUCAUCUACUUUUCCAGAACUCUCCAAAGUACAAAGGUUGCCUUCACCUUCUUCACACCCUAAAUUCACAAAUUCCCCUGAAAUUUCCCAAAAUCUCAAUCACCAGUCGAAAAAUCAUGCAUAACUUACCCAUCAAAUGGCCAACCCGAAAACGUUCAAUUCCUGGACAACAACCUUCACCACCACCAUCGCAACUACCUCCAUCGUUAUCCGAUGAUGUUCUAAUCGAAAUCUUGAAAAGGCUGCCAUUAAAAUCACUGGUACGAUUCAUUUGUAUAUGUAAGUCAUGGUUCUCUCUCCUUACUUCCCCAUCUUUCAUGUCAAUUCUCGCAGCUUUCAAUUCGAAAAAAUCCCAGAAAUUUCUGCUUUUCAAAGAACCCAUUUAUCUUCAUUGCAAAGCUAAUCAUACUAUGUUCUUUGCUUAUGAUUCCGAUAAUCUGACGCGUGAAUUUGAUAGGGUUUUCCCUUUUACAAGAUCCCAUUUUGUUGUAUCUUCUGCUGAUGGUUUGUUGUGUUUAUAUAAUUUUUAUGAUAAGCAUCAGAAUAAAUCACCAUUGAUUUUAUGGAACCCUUCAAUUAAAAAACACCGAGUUGUUGAUGUUCCUCCUAUUGAAGUGCAAAAUACUGCUGGUGGGUUCCCCAAAUUGAUUUUCGGGUUCGGGUUUGAUUCGUGUUCGUGUUCUUACAAGGUGGUUCGAGUGUCGUAUUCUAUCCGUUAUACUGGGAAUUGUUUUCUUUCUGAGGUGUAUAGUAUUAGUGAUGGUGAAUGGAGUUGUUUGGGGUUGACUAAAGUACCCUAUUCUAUUACUACUAUUAGAUGGAGAGGAAUGUGCUUGAAUGGGGUGGUUCAUUGGAUUUGUAAUUUGAAUGUGAAUUUGGAUACUGAUCCUAAUGAUCGGGUUUAUCGAAUGAUAUGGACACUGGCAUUGGGAAAUGGAGAAUCCGGCGAAAUAAUGCUGCCAAAAGAGUUAGUGAACAUGCCUGAUGGAUCCUUGCGGGUUGUCAUGGUUCCUAGGAAUGGCAAGGAGGUGCUGGGGGUAAUACAUAUUAGAGAUGAUAUUUUUAGCUUGUGGGUGAUGGAGAAUUAUGGUGUGAAAGCGGUAAAGUUGUUCAGUGUUAAUUUCUAUGACAGUAUCAAGAAUGAUAUGAAUGUGUUGGUGAUCAGCGAUCAUGAAGUGGUUGUAAAAACUAUGCGUGAUGGUUGGCUAUCCUAUGAUCAUAAUCUGCAACAAAUUCAGAGUCUCGAGACAAAAUUAACACCUAGAAUGGACUAUGUAGAUACUUAUGAGGAGAACUUAUUUUUGGUUGGGCAAAAUAGCAAAAGGGAUCAACAAGAUUCACAAGAAUAUUCAGGUGUGAAGCAAGAUUAUUUAGGUGUGAAGAGGAAUCAUAAAAAAGUAUGGAAAGAUAAACCUUAAACUUGUCUAAAAUUUUUAGAGAGAAAAGUAGUAACAGUACUACAUGCAAUUGCGGUAUGGUGGUCUUCAAGAACCUUUUGCCUGUCCACUUUGAUAAUGGUAAAUCUCUGAAGGUAACAGCGAAUGUACAGAGGUCGUCGAUUGCCCAGAGGACGGCUAUCUUGAUGUCCUUUUGUAGUCUGCAAGAAUCGGAUGAGAGUCUCUGAAUUCUCUUAGCACCGUUACGUGAUUGAUCCCAGCUGAAGAAGCCCAUCUGAUGGCAUAGACACAAGCCAGAAGCUCAGGCGCUCAGUAUCUAUAGCAGAGUUGGCUAAACUGAAAUGACCUUGUAUAUUAAAACCCAAAAACAUUUUGAAAGUAUUCAAAGUAUGACUUAUUAGCUUUUUAGUUGACCUCGGCAGUCAAUCUACUUAGCUUGAAUUGAGUCUGAGCUUUGUGUUAUUGUAAGGAAUGAACAAUAUUUGUGAUUGUAAAGUUGGACAAUUGCAUUUUA